UCUACACACACACACACACACACACACACACACACACACACACACACACACAAAGAAUAAUAAAACUAGAAAAGAAGCAGACUCACCCAUCCCUUUCACCUUUGCAAAGUUAAGAGGGACGCUUUUGCCUCUUUUAAGCCCUGCCCCGCCACCUCCCCCGCCUAUAAAUGCACUAUAAAACCACAGCCACACGAUAGGAGACUCGCUAUCGCUAUUACCUCACCGUUUAAGGACGAACAAUGGGUUUUAUCGGCACUGGAGAGCCUGCGUCCGGUGGCGGCGUGGACAGCGGCCCGGCGUGACGCGAGACGAGUGCUGACAAGGUGGAGGGGAUUGGGAAAUGUGCCGCCUGCUGUGGGUUGCCGAGUUGUGGUGUUGGGCGGGUUAUUGGCGAGUUACUGGGGUUUAACUGGUGAUUUCUUGGGCUAUCUCUUGGGCUAUUUUUGGAGAUGUAUUGAAGGUAUUGUGAGUAAAGGAAGGGAGGUGAAAGGGAGUUACUGAGUGUAGGGAUCAGAUUAAUUAUUGGCUAGGUUAUCGUGUGGUUUCAUUGGUGAAUUUUUGGGGGUAUUUGCGACGGAGGGAAAGGAUUAAGAGUGAAGGAUUAAGAGGAGGCGAAGGAAAAGUAGAACAGAGAAAGAGGAGAGGGAAAAGUAUCUGGAAGGUGCUUCGUCAUAUCCUCUCUGACUUCUCUAAACUGUUAAAGGGAAAACUGGCUUAGUGAGUGAAGGGAGGUGAGGGAGACUGCGGUGGAGAAGAAGUAUGAGGAGAGGAAAGAGGAAAGAGAAGAGAGAGAGAAGGUAUUUGGGGGUAUUUCUUCAUCUCUAUCGAAGCUGUGUGAGUGAGUGAAGGAAAGAAGGACUGUGGUGAAGGAGAGGCAUAUGGAGAUGAGAGUGGAGAGGGAGAGGGGAGGCGGGAGGGCAUUAGCAGUAUUUCAUCAUCUUCUGUCAGACUUCCCAAGACUAUUGAAGGUGAGUCUUGCAAUCUUCUCUCGUCUUCCGGCGUGGCGCAACGACCUUGUGUGUGUGUGUGUGUGUGUGUGUGUGUGUGUGUGUGUGCAAGCAGCUAGGUGAGUGGCUUUGUGUUUCCCGUUCCAACUUAUCAACGUUUUUCCCCUUCAAUAACUUAUCUGCAAAGAUGGAUGAAUUAAAAAUAUUCCAGUCAACUUUUAUUUACUUGUCGUGGGUUUUUUUUCAGGAUCUUCAGAAUAUUCAUAACGUUAAAUACCCUGACUUAACCUCUAACUCCCAAAAAAUCCAUAAAAACUGAAUCACAUCACCUUCACGCGAUAACUAAUCCGGAUCCGGUUUAUGUACGCAACUGUCGAGUCACUUAACCAUGUUCGGCACUCGUUACCCUGUUAUUAAUCCCCCGUAAUUCCUCCUAAAAUCCAUAACAACACUUAUCAUUUAACUCCCUCAUUAUCGUAGCGCACUCCUGUUCCACGUCUGCGGCGGCGACAACUAUGACGGGGACAGUGGCGGCGGCGGGAGCGGCGGGAGCGGCGUACCAGCGGGGGCGUCAGUCGCGAUAACGUUCUAAGAAAGCCGCUAGGUCCCUGAUAUAUAAACGUUAAGGAAUCCCAGGGCACCCUUCAGUCAUGCCCAGAACACGCUGGGCUGCGCACCUCAACGCUUUUCGCCUCUAUUUUGAUACACCUGUGGCUCAUCUCCACUACUUUCCAAAGGCUCUGAUUGAAGUGACACGGGUUUUCAAGGGUGUUUUCAUGACUCCAGCGGCGGAUUAACAAGAUUUCAACAUUGCUGGCAGGAAAAGCACCCGUGAGAACUCGGUUAAUCAUCUCUGUGGCCUUUGAAAAUAGUUGUGACGAGACAGAGAAAAGGAGAGAGAGAAACAAAGAAAGAGCAAAAUAUUUCUGAAUAUGGCCUUUAAUCUUUGCUGCCUCGUUGUUAUUGCCGAGCAGUCCACGCCUCCCCCUCUCUCAAGGCCGCGCGGGUAGCUAAGUGUGCCGCGCGGCGCUGACCGGUGCGGGAGACAAGAAAAAAAUUGGUGACCGCACUCAACUCCCACCCACACAAGCACUUUCGGCAGACGUUCUCACACGCACACACGCACGCACAGUCUUGCAGGCGACACGACAGGACGCCAGGAGUGAUUGAGAGGUCUCGAGUUUCCUCCCGAGCUGAUAAGACGAGGGAGCGAAGGAGAAGAGGGAGAAGGGGAGAGGUGGCGAGGGAGAGGAGAGGAGAGGAGGUGAGGUGAAGAAACUGAGGCUGCAAGGACGAAUACCCGUUUGACUUCCACCUUACCACCACUACUACUACUACUACUACUAUUUCGUCGGGCCAAAAGUCCUCGCCUUAGGGACGCCAUGUGCAUCUCACUAGAACUUCCUCACCACCACUACCACCACCACCACCACCAUAUGCCUCGUCGACCAAAGGGACCUGUAAUGCCUGAAAAACUGACAUACCUCGCUGUUUGCCUGCUGGUCCUGCUGAAUGUGGUGUCAACUAUGGGAGGAAACAACGAAGAGUACAGUUACUACAACUCACAGAUUAACAACUCUCUGUGCCUCUCCUUCAAGAACAACAGGUUGGCCGACUGUUGCAAGCAGGACGACAUGCAACAAAUCUACGUCCACAAAACAGGAAAAUAUACGGGUAUCUUCCACAUUAAGGAUUACAAGAAAGUACUUUGUUACGACAAGACGAAGGGCAGAUUCAGGCUGUACAGAAGAAGAAACCUGGGUCUGGAGCGUUGUCGGCAUCAGCGGCGGCGAGAGCGGGAGCACCGGAGGAGAGGGCGGCGGUACGCGGGUUGCAGGCUCAUCAACGCCGACGUGCAUAAACUCAAGCAGAAAGGCUGCGAGCUGUACGAUGCCAUGGGCCGCUUCGCUUACAUCUCCGCCGAGAAAAAUUCGCUGUUUCUCGGGCUACGGAGAGGCCGCGCGCAGAAGCACAAGAAGCGCAACCGGAAGCAUGUGUGGGAACCUAAGGAGAAGAACAAGCAAUUUAUGCUCAUAAGUGAAAGCAAUUUUAAGACCAUCAAGCUGGACGGCGUGUGCUGAGUGUCGCGGCGCCAGCGAGGCCCAGCGAGCACCGUUGACUUUAGUGCCUGUGGGUGUGGGUGGUGCAGCAGGCCUGUAGUCCCUCCACCCCUCCGCUCCGCCGCCUUGAAGCCUCACAGGGGCGGCUAGACAGCGGCGUGACAGCGGCCCGCGCGCAGACCACGCCAGGCCUCAUUGUGCGGCGGUCCUGCCUCGUGGGGACGCGGGCCACACCUGGAGCAGGAUGAGUAGGGGGGUGGAGGAGGAGGAGGAGGAGCCACGCGUGACCUGAGUAAUGCCUGAAGUGACCUGAACGAAUGCCUGGCAGGAGAGCGACUCGGAACAAGAGUAAGUGAAAAAUGAACGUGCCAGAGAUGGAGGAGAUGAAGGAGUGAGGGAAUGAAGGAGCAGGACAAGGCGAGUGAGAGGGAGGGAGUGAGUGGUAGGAGUGAGUGAGAGCAAGGCGUGUUCUGCGACAACCUCAGUAAGAGAUCUGAAGACGAGAUGGUCUAUUGUAUAAAUCCUGUGUACUAGUCCGUAGACCCUUAGUGUUUAAUUAGGAUGUAACGUCGCCCCACUCUGUACAUAGACGAGCGAACCAUUGCUUCUCUCUACCAAGGGAGGCCCAGAGAGUCCCCUAUUAUUAUUAUUAUUAUUAUUAUUAUUAUUAUUAUUAUUAUCAUUAUUAUUAUUACGAAGGUCAUUUUCCAUUUAAUUUUUCUUUUUCAUCUUUUUUUUUUUAUUAUCGAAAGCGUCAAGCAAAGCCAAAGUCAGUAGCAGUAGUCUAUCAUUCACACACACACACACACACACACACACGUACAGAACCAUGACAGGAAAUUAAUGUUACCUAAAAGCCCUAAAAAAAAAAAGAAAGAAAAAAGUUAAGAAUGUCAACCAUUUCAUCUUUAGGAAUUGUCCAUAUGUCCCUUCCUCUCUCCCUCCUUCCUCUCCUCUCCCUCUCCCUCUCUCCUCUCCUUUCCCUCCCUUCCUUCCCUUCCCAGCCACGCAAAAUACCUCACUCUUUGUACUGUCAGCAAUUCCAUAUAAUUUCGACCACAUUUCAUUUAAAUUCCUUCUACUGUACUAAUCUCUCUCUCUCUCUCUCUCUCUCUCUCUCUCUCUCUCUCUCUCUCUCUCUCUCUCUCUCUCUCUCUCUCUCUCUCCCGCGGGCCUCAGGAGACAAAGGUCGCCGUAAUGGUCACCCAGCUGGCACUUAAACCCUUUAAUUACUAGUUUGAGGGACCCGACGCCACUUGGACGGGAGGUGUUAAGUAGCGUGGGGGCGAGGGUGGCUCUUCCCGUCCCCUUCCCCCCUGACACCUUAAGCCCACACGGGAGGAGAGAGGAGGAGGAGGAGGAGAAGGGAUGGUUUCUUGAGGCUUCCCAAAGUGGUGCGUCUCUAUGGCAUUGUGGGACCAAGAGGGAAUGAAGGCUGAUUUUUAAGCGAUGAUCCGAGACUUGAUAGCAGCGAGGGACAUGUAUACGUGUAACUGUAUCUUCCGCCACGGUGCACACAAUGGCCUAAUUAAUAAAAGGGGCACUGAAACGUUCACCAUGGCAGCCACCACCGCCACCAUUCCAGCCACCACCACCAUCACCGCUCUGACCGUGGCCAAGGGUAGAUUAUGUGUAAACAGACCCGAAAAAUUGUGAUUCAUUGCGACUUUCACCUCCAGGCAAGCUAAGAUACCAAUAUGAUUAAAACGAAUGGAAGCAAAAGGAAAAUGAUUGGUAAUAAAUUGAGGUAAAUGUAAGUCUGCCCUAGCUGUGGCCAAGGGGAGAUGUGCACAAGUGAAAGCACUCAAAAAAUUGUGAUUCGGUGCAGCUCUCAUCUCCAGGCAAGAAAAAGUUACCAAUAUGAAUAAGACAAUAUAAAAACAAAGAAGAAAACGAUUGGAAAAUGAACGGAGAUCAAAUACAACUAAGAAAAGUGAAGUAUUGGUGUUACUGGAAGCACUGAAAAUAAAAUAAAAAGAAAAAUGUGCAAGAUAGUCAAAUGCGAAAAAAAGAUAAUUGUUUGUGGUAAUGAAAGCAGAGGAAAGCAAUAUGUAAAUUUUAACCCUUUCUUUGCUAUUUGGCACAACUUUUCUUGAUCCAGACCAAUUUGAGACAUUUCUAUAUCAUUACAUUUUUAUCAUUAUACUCCUGGAUGGAAAAUGAAAAAAUAAAAUCCAUCCUUUUAAUCCAUUUUCCUUUCUUGCAAAUGCUAAUAAAAACAAGUUAUCAGUAUUUUUAGCAUAGUAAACUAUUGCAUAUAGCACUGAAAGGGUUAAAACAUUUCUGAUGAAGUGGCUCGGUGAGGAGGAGCAGCCGUGAAUCUCAUAACUGACGGAGGCGAGGCAGAAGGUGCAGUGUGUAGCGUUGGUGACGAGUGCAGCAGUGUCCCGCGAGGCGCAGAGCAAGGACCGCUGCUGCAUGACGAGUGUUGGUCACCUGUUUAUCUGUCUGUCAAUGUAAUCACUAUCCUUUCAGGUGUGUCUGGAGGGAGACGUGUAUGUACAGGUGUGUCACACGCGAAAGUGUACACAACAGAACCACAGAAUAACUUUGUCUAAUGUUUAUAAAGAGAGAAAAUGCAAUUCUUUAUGUAAUAUACCACAUGAUUUUUCUAUUUUUUCAUUAUUUUGUUGACCUAGUGGGUUUAUAUGUAUAUGUAAUUGUCCUUCCGGCCUCGUGUGGAUGGAAGGUUUAUGCUUUUAUGUAUCAUAAAAUUACUGCUGUAUUUUUCUAUGUUAGGUGUAGCGGCCCAGUGUUGAUAGCUAGUGAUUCAUUACAGCGCCACCUGCGUGCUCCUGGGAGGCUCCUCAGGUGACUUACGACUGGCCAGUUUCCAGGUGUGUGUGUGUGUGUGUGUGUGUGUGUGUGUGUGAAAGUAUGUAUGCAUAAUAUACAAUCUCAUUUAUGUAUUUUUUUUUUUUUACGUCGCUGCCUCCCUUGACAUCCCCCCUUCCAUCCCCCCCCAAAACCUGAUGUCACACACACACACACACACUGCAGGCUUGGAUCUCAUAUCUAAAAAAAAAAAAAGGGCUUCUGUACGUAAUUAUUUUCAUCUACUUUGUUUUUCUUUACUUUGUUAUAUUUUUUUACAUCUGUGCGAAUGAAAACUAAAGUCGAUUGAUAAAUUUACUUUGUUUACUUUUACAUUUACUUCCUUACUUAGUGGAAAAAAAAAAAACACGGGAAAGGAGAGAGAGAGAGAGAGAGAGAGAGAGAGAGAGAGAGAGAGAGAGAGAGAGAGAGAGAGAGAGAGAGAGAGAGAGCCAACCUAAACUUAAAUCUGACGCGGCCCACAGCCCUUCACAAACCCACCAAGAUCAAUUAUCUAUACAAUAUUGACACCUUUGGGAGAAAAUUACAGGUAGGAUUAGUGGCGUUUUGAGCUGAUGGAUUGUGCGUGAGAGGGAGAGAGAGAGGAGAGAGGGAGAGGGAGAGGGAGAGGGAGAGAGGCUGUGUGAGCAUUUGUGUGAUUUUGGGAGAGUGUUUGGCCUGGUGUCGUUAGGCGCAGAUUUAGCCUCAGUCAUAUGGAUCUUUGUGGCGUUAAUGGUUCCCUUUAUUGUGUGGCGCGGCGGAAAAUGCGUGUAAACCGUGUGUAAAUAGUUGAAGGUUCCCUCACCGUCCCCUGUUCGAAUCCCGCGUACCGUUCCUGGCAGAUAGGAACGUUUAUUAUAGAAGUUGUGUUAUUUGGGGUCUCGUCUCGUCUCUCUCUCUCUCUCUCUCUCUCUCUCUCUCUCUCUCUCUCUCUCUCUCUCUCUCUCUCUCUCUCCGGUAGGAUUUCAUUUUUUCCUGGUAUUUUUCUUUUUUUGUGGGUGAGAUUUGUGUUUUAAUAAAUUGAACUCCUUUCUUGUGAUUAAUUGGUCUGGUUUGGAUUUUUAUAUUUUUUCUUUCUUUUUUUUCGUGAUGUGGUGAAAGGACGUGUUAUCUUUUUAUUUAUUUAUCCUUUUUUUUUUCGAAGAGUGUAGCAGAGUGAGAUCCAAUCCUGUUUUAUGGAUGUCCAGUUCAGGGUUGCUGAGAUUUCUUCCUCACACACACACACACACACACACACACACACACACACACACACACACACACACACACACACAACUUCAGUACACCUGUUAAGAUCCGCCAUACCUAAGCGACACUAAGAUUACAGCAUAUAUAUACCCACACAGUCACAUGCUGCACAUUUUCACACACACACCCACUUCUUACACACCUUCAAUACACCUGUACAACAUUAAAGUUACAAUAUAUACACCUUCACAAUCACACACUGCACAUCUACACACACACACACACACACACACACACACACCAUUGUUUAAGAUCUUCCACAUUCCACAUCCUUACGUUCCCAAGUACACCUCCAUACUCACACAUUCCCCCACACUCUCACUCUUCCACAGCACUCCACUUAGUACACCGUCACUUCUACCACUUAAAAACCUGCAUACUCCCACGCUAACACCUAGAACACCUACCACUUACUCACCCUUAUUAAAAUCAACUUGGUGCCACUCACAACCAUACCACUCAAAACACAGCAACACCCAAUACAUCCAGCACUCAUAUCAACAUACCCACCCACCCACACACGCACGUCUCCACUCCACACAACAUCAGGCACCCCUUUCACCCCAUUACCCCCCCGUCAUUAACAAGAGCUUCACUCACCCCUCCCUGUGUCUCCCUUGAGGCUGAGUCAUCCCUAACCUGCUCCACACCCCCCUGACACCCCCUGAUACCCCUGAUACGCCCACUGGGGACUUGUCAGGGAUAGGGACAGGACCACACGAGGCAGCCACACGAAGCAGCUCUGUCCCUAAGGAGUGUGUUUGUCCCCCGCCCUGUACUGUCCCUGAAUGCCCGUAUCCCUAAGACACCUGUAUAUAUAUAUAUGUACAUAUGAUAUUUAUUUCAUUAAAUUCAUCGCAUUGU